AUGGUUCACUACGUAGACGUGAGAGAUGGUUGGGAUGUGAAGGAAUGCGAGUGCUGCUUCGACCGGGCAGUGAGCUACCGAGCACAGCGCGCUCUCAACAUUGGCAACAUCGAAACCUUCCGUCUUGAACUACACAACAUGCUUCCUUCUUCCGUUCCUGCUGCGCCACCGAUCCACCAAAGCAGGGCCGAGCUCGAGUUCUCCCUGAGAGUGCCGGUGCAGGCCCUAGGGGGCCUGGGGGGGGUACCACCGUUGGUACAGUUGGAGUGGAAGGAGAGAAACGCGCCCUACCAAUGCGUGGAGGCAAUGCUUCUCGAGUGGAUGGCUGAGCCUCGUGUAGCCUACCCUUCCCUCGCGGUCGAAUUGGGAGUAAGCCGGCAGGGACAGCCGGAUGUCGCCGCGUCCACGCUGGUGCAGGUGCUGGGGGUGAAGGAGAGUGCUGAUCUGAAGGAAGGGUUUGGGUUCUUCGUGCAGCAUGUGCUGUCAGGCGGGCUGGAGAAGGCGCAUGCGAAGAGGAAGGAGGGAGCUGGGGGGGAGACUGCUGAGAAGACGCAUGCGGAUGGGAGGAAGAGUGAGGGGUGUGCGGCAAGAGAGGAGGAUGGGAGUGGAGGGGAGGUUAGAGAGAGGCCAUUGGAGCAGGCAGCUAAGGGUGGAGGAGGCAAGCGCAAGUGUGGGAGGGGGCGAAAUGGAAGGGGCAGAAGCAACACGGGGGACAGAGGCGACCAAAAAACCCACUCAGAUGCUCCCACACGCGCGCUGUUGCCUUUAAAGGGGAAGCUUCCUAUCAUUCGCUGCACAGCUGAUGUGGAAUUCCUGCUGUUUGCAGGCAGCUGGUUCUUUGAUUCCCCAGCGUGCGCCAAGUGCAUUUCAUGCUUCGCCCGAUUCAACGUCUUCAUUCCCUUCUCUGCUCUCAUUGCCAACUUCGCCUACCGCCCCGCUUCCGUCCUCUUCAACCGCUUCGUCUCCAUCUUCCCGCCGCCCUCCCCUGAGUUCACCCAGCUUGCACAGACGCUGCAUCUGCACGACCCCUCACCUGCAAGAGCAGCUGCGAGUCGUAACCUGUCCUCCGUUCGUGAUCAAGCGGAAAAGCUCCCUCUGCUCAUGCUGCUCAUGAUCGCCCUGAACUGGCCCAUUUUCAUCCUCGGAAUCGACGAGGUGAUGAAGAUGGGGAUGGUGGAAGCGCGAGGGGAAGCUGAACGGAAAAUUGCAGAGUAUCGAGCGAGGAAAGGGCACCGAACAGGGAGUAAAAGAAACGGUGGGGGGCGAGAGGUGGGAGAGGUGGAAGAGGAGGAUGAUGGAGAGGUGUGGGAGGAGGUGCGAACCUGGUGUGCCACUGCAGUGAUGGCUUGGCCGUCCAGUGUGAGGGCUACAGGCAAGUGGUUUGACCCUGAGUCCGUCGCAUCGGGGCUCAGCCCUCCCUGUAGGGGCAGCCAGGAGGUGCACAAGCGGGUGCACACGAAGCUGCUGGUCGCUGCGAUGUUCCGGGAGGCGGCACAGGCGAGGUUCCGUGCUGACGUGGACAGCCAGGAUGGAUCGGGUAGUAGCAGCAGCGCUGGCAGCAGCAGCAACAGCAGCAGCAGCAGCAGCAGCAGCAGCAGCAGCAAGGGGAGCUGUAGCAGCAGCAGUGGUGGCAGAGGCGGCAGCUACAGUGAGGGGAGAGUAGAUUUGCCAGAUUACCUCAAGCCAUGGCGGGGGGGGGUCAAUUUGCUGGCAUGUCUGCGAGAGAUGCUGCUGGGGGAGCCGUGCUACCGCCCUUCCUCCCGUGCUGAGGCUCCCAUCCCUCCAGCAGUAACAACCCUAGUGAGCUGUGCGCCUGCUCCUUGUGGGGACCGUGUGUGCGGUGCUGUGGGGUGUGGGAGGGCGGACGGCGGUGGUGUGAAGCUGAAGAACUGCUCUGGGUGUGGCAAGGUGGCGUAUUGCAGCAGAGAGUGCCAAAAAGCGCACUGGCCCUUUCACAAGCUCACAUGCCCUGGCAGGACCAGCAGCCGGGAUGGUGGCAGCAGCAGCAGUGGCAAGGUUCAUUGA